UACGUCCUAGCAGAUAGCUCUGUGAUAUACGUUGCCCAGUAAUAUAGCAGGGCUAUAUGUUUUUAAAGCGCAGCUCUCUAGUAGACACAUUGCACAGCGGGGCUAAAAAUAGAGCCGUUUACAAUAUGAUGUCAUAAGCAAUGUAUUGAAGAGCCAUGACUUCCAUCAAGAUCGAGUGUGUUGUGAAUGAGCGCUACAGGAUUGGAGAGUCUCCAGUAUGGGAGGAAAAGGAAGGGACGCUGCUCUAUGUCGAUAUCACAGGACAGAAGGUCUGUCGAUGGAACCCCAAAACCAAUGAAAUUCAGAGUGUAUCUUUAGAUGACCCAGUUGGCUCUGUUGGGCUUCGUAAGUCAGGCGGUUAUGUAGUUGCCACAGGUACCACUUUUUCAGCCCUCAACUGGGAAGACAAGAAGUUAACCCCCCUGGCUCGUGUUGAUGAAGACAAACCCAACAAUCGCUUUAAUGAUGGGAAGGUUGACCCUCAAGGACGAUUCCUUGCAGGUACCAUGUCUCAGGAGAUCAGACCAGCUGUUGUGGAGAGAAACCAGGGCUCCCUAUACACCCUCUAUCCGGACCGUAGUGUGGUGAAACACUUUGACAUGGUGGAUAUUUCUAAUGGCAUAGACUGGUCACUGGAUCACAAAACCCUCUAUUACAUAGACAGUCUCUCGUAUCAUGUUGAUGCAUUAGACUAUGAUGUGAAAACUGGAAAGUCCUCAAACCGCAGGCAUCUGUACAAGCUGGAGUCGGAUGAAGGGAUCCCAGACGGCAUGUGUAUAGACGCAGAAGGAAAACUUUGGGUGGCCUGUUACAGUGGAGGAAGGGUGAUCCGUAUUGAUCCUGAGACUGGAAAGCGGAUACAGACUGUAAAACUACCCAUUGACAAGACAACCUCCUGCUGCUUUGGAGGAGAGAAUUACUCAGAAAUGUAUGUAACAUCUGCCUGUGACGGGAUGGAUGACGAUUUACGCAAACGUCAGCCCACAUCUGGAGGCAUUUUCAAGAUUACCGGACUUGGUGUAAGGGGAUUACCACCAAAUCAGUUUGCUGGCUAGUAACAGGCUAGCCACAAAGAGGAGCUUCUCAUUUACUGUACUAUCAGCGGUUCUCUUUACUUACAGUCUACCAUCUCAAUGUUAUGCUACAAACAUAAUAAAUCCACCCAUAUUCAAUUUGUCAUCUUCGUAAAAUGUAUCAUCAUGUUUUUUUGCAGUUGUACUUAUAUUAUGGUUUGGUUUCUAAUCCAGUCACACAAUUAGAACAUUAAAACAAGGUUUUCAUAUGCA